AUGGUUUUGAUCCUAACAGAGAUGCUGCAGCUGCUCAACCCAGGAACUGGCCAAACCGGUCUGAGUUCUUUCGUGUAUACAAACUAUCAACAGGGACCCCCUCCUGAAAUGGCUUAUGCUGGUCAAAAUGCUUUUGAUCUUAAUGGAAAUGCUGCAUCUGCUCAAAACCCAGGAUCAGGCCAAGCCGGUCCUAAUUCUUUCCUGUAUACAUACUAUCAGCAGAGACCCCUUCCUGAAAUGGAUUAUACGGCUUAUACUGGUCAAAAUGGUUUUGAUUUUAAUGGAAAUGCUGCAGCUGCUCAAAACCCAGGAGCAGGCCAAACCGGUUCCAGUUCUUUUGAGUAUACAAACUAUCAGCAGGGACCCCUUUCUGAAAUGGUUUAUACUGGUCAAAAUGCUUUUGAUCCUAAUGGAAAUGUUGCAGCUGCUCAAAACCUUGGAUCAGGCCAAACUGGUCCCAGUUCUUUCGUCUAUACCUACUAUCAGCAGGGACCCCUUCCUGAAACGGAUUAUACUGGUCAAAAUGCUUUUGAUCCUUAUGGAAAUAAUGCAGCUUCUCAAAGUCCAGGAGCAGGCCAAAUCGGUCCCGGUUCUUUCUUAUAUGCAAACUGUCAGCUGGGACCCCUUCCUGAAAUGGCUUAUAUCGGUCAAAAUGCUUUUGAUCCCUAUGGAAAUGCUGCAGCUGUUCAAAACCCAGGAGCAGGCCGAAUCAGCGGUCCCAGUUCUUUCAUGUAUACAAACUAUCAGCAGGGACCCCUUCCUGAAAUGGAUUAUACUGGUCAAAAUGCUUUUGAUCCUUAUGGAAAUGAUGCAGCUUCUCAAAAUCCAGCAGCAGGCCAAAUCGGUCCCGGUUCUUUCAUAAAUACAAACUAUCAGCUGGGACCCCUUCCUGAAAUGGCUUAUAUCGGUCAAAAUGCUUUUGAUCUCUUUGGAAAUGCUGCAGCUGCUCAAAACCCAGGAGCAGACCAAAUCGGCAGUCCCAGUUCUUUCAUGUGUACAAACUAUCAGCAGGGACCCCUUCAUGAAACUGCUUAUAAUGGUCAAAAUUCUUUUGAUCCUAAAUGA